AUGGAGAUAUCUCUGCACAAGAGUAAAACCCAUCUGCUUUCUCUUUUGUUCAUAACCAAAAUUUUCUUGUUUCUCACAAACAAUGCUAGUGCGACCUCAAUAACCUUCAAUUAUGAGCAAUUUCGUGAUGUGGAUCAUCAGAACUUGAACCUUCAAGGAGAUGUUUUCCAAGAAAAUGGGAUGCACAUCAACCUCACCAGAUACAAGAAAGAAAGUGCAGGGAGGGUAACAGACAACAACUCAUUGCAACUUUGGGACAAUAAGACAAGAACACUCGCAAACUUCACUACUCGUUUCACCUUCAUCAUCCACGUACUAAAUGAAACUCGUGAUGGGAAGGGAGAUGGCAUCACAUUCUUCUUGGCAGAGCCUGGUUUUCCGUUUCCAUCUCCCCCAUAUGGCACAGGUAUUGGCCUUGUGAGUGGCGCACAGAUGCAGGAUCAAAAUUAUCUCGACGAACAUCCAUUCGUAGCAGUGGAAUUUGACACCUUUCCCAAUACGGAUGUGGGUGAUCCACCCUAUGAUCACGUAGGAAUCCUUGCAAAAACAAUGCAGACUAAUCAUAGAACGCAAGGGUACACUAUGAAUGAUGGUAGAAAGUAUGAUGCUGAGAUUACCUAUGAGUCUAGCUCUUUCCAGUUAAGUGUCAUGUUUACAGGAUAUAAGGAUAACAUCAACAUAAGACAAAAUCAUUCCCGUACGAUUGAUUUGGGAGACUACCUACCAGAAGAAGUUCAAUUUGGAGUCUCUUCAGCCACAGGGUUACGGUUUGAGUUACAUACACUGUGUUCAUGGUCCUUUAAUUCAAGUCUUGGAGUGGCCGGAGUGAUGCAAAGGGGUGAAAACAAUAAUAAGCGUUCGGUCAUUGGAUUGAGCAUUGGAUCAGUUUUAGUGAUUGGCGUGUUAUGCAUGGCUUGGUUUCUGAUAUGGAGGUCAAAUUGUAGAGUGGAAGGACGUGAUCGCUUGGAUCUUUCCUUGGACGAAGAUUUUGAAUGUGUCGGACCAAAGAAGUUUUCCUAUAACGAACUUGUAAGAGCCACAAAUAACUUCUCAGAGGAACAUAAACUCGGAGAAGGAGGUUUUGGUGGGGUCUACAAAGGAUUUAUCAGAGGCUUGAAUUCUUAUGUUGCAGUAAAGAAGGGUUCCCAUGAAUCUAGACAAGGAGUGAAGGAGUAUGCCGCUGAAGUAAAGAUCAUCGGUCAACUGAGGCACAAGAAUUUGGUGCAACUCAUGGGUUGGUGCCACGAGAAGAAUGAUUUUCUACUUAUUUAUGAGUUCAUGCCAAGUGGAAGCUUAGAUUAUCAUCUAUAUCGAAGCAGAAACCUUUUGACAUGGCCAGUCAGAUACAGUAUUGCUAAAGGCUUAGCCUCAGCAGUACUAUACCUUCAUGAAGAGUGGGAGCAGUGUGUGGUUCACAGGGACAUAAAAUCAAGCAAUAUUAUGUUAGAUUCAAACUUCGAUGCAAAGCUUGGAGAUUUUGGGUUAGCAAGGCUCGUAGAACAUGGAAAGCGCUCAGAAAUAACAAUUGUUGCAAGAACAAAAGGGUACAUGGCUCCUGAAUGUGCAACCAUAAGCAAGGCAAUAAAGGAGUCUGAUAUAUACAGUUUUGGAAUUGUUGCUCUAGAAAUAGCUUGUGGGAGAAAGCCAAUUGACCACUAUGCUCCCAAUGACCAAGUCAUGAUGGUGGAAUGGGUAUGGGAACUAUAUGGCAAAGGUGAGCUUCUUGAAGCAGCUGAUAAGAGGUUUGAUGGAGAUUUUGAUGAGCAAGAACUUGAAAGGCUAACGAUUCUUUGGCUAUCGUGUGCUCACCCAGAUUAUACUAUGAGGCCUACAGUUAGACAAGCACUUUAUGUACUUAACUUUGAAGCUUCACUGCCUACUCUCCCACCUACAAUGCCCAAACCAACAUAUGUUGGUCCAUCCUUUUCUGAUAUUGGUUCUUCAAUUUAUUCAUCUGCAUAUGCUAGUUCUUCUGCAACCAAUGACUCUAGGCCUUCAACCAAUUGGAGGUCAUACACUAAAUCCUCACAAUAUUCAUCCAAUUCAGGCCACUCAUCUGCAAAGGAAAAAUUCUGA